UUGAAAACAGGAAGUGGUAUUCCGAAGCAGCGCCGCAUUGAUUUUUCUCACAACAAUAAAAGGGAGACCAUUUCCAUUGUUUUUCCUCGACUUUUAUCGCAGACGGACAGUCGUGAAAAAAAAAGUCGCGUCUAAAACGAAGCUCUGCCGGCGGCGAUGCUGUCGGACGCAGACUAUCCCGGGAACGCUUCUGGGGCUCGCAGAGCCAAGAAGAGGAGUUCUGGGGACUCACCGGGGGACAACCAGACCCUGCGGUCCUCUGGGAGGCAAAAGCGCAGCAGCAACCCCCCACCUGGACAGAGUAAAAGAAAAGCUACCGAUACAGAGGAAGAAGAUGACCUGUCUGAGAAGAAGUACAGGAAGUGUGAGAAGGCUGGAUGCUCGGCCGUCUACCCUGUUUGUUUUGCAAGUGCAUCGGACAGGUGUGCAAAAAACGGAUACACAUCUCGCUGGUAUCAUCUGUCCUGUGGAGAGCAUUUCUGCAACGAGUGUUUUGAUAACUACUACAGAAGUCACAAGGAUGGCUACGAGACCUUCGCCUCGUGGAAGAAGGUGUGGACCACUAACGGGAAAAGCGAGCCCAGUCUUAAAGCCUUCAUGGCAGAUCAGCAGCUUCCAUUCUGGGUUCAGUGCACAAAACCUGAUUGCAGGAAGUGGCGUCAGCUGACCAAGGAGAUCCAACUCACCGCCUCCCUGGCUGCAAUGUACCGCUGUGGCAUGAAGUUCAACAACAUCAAGACUGAGGGGCCCGACCACUGCUCCCAGCCAGAAGACUUGAGGGUUGCCGAGGUAACCGACACCUGGUGGCACUCGAUGCUGAUUCUGCCGCCGCUGCUGAAGGAGAGUCCGGCCGGCCCGUUUCUUGCUGCGUACUACCCCGACUGUGUGGGAAUGAGUCCGUCGGGGGUCUCGGGCAACGCCUGUCUGUCGGAGCUGAGGGCGGAUCACUGCAGAGCUGUGCCGCAGACGGUUCCAGGCCUGUGUCCGUACUUCCAGCCCUUCUACCAGCCCAACGAGUGUGGGAAGGCUCUGUGUGUGCGGCCGGACAUGAUGGAGCUGGAUGAGCUUUACGAGUUCCCAGAAUUCUCCCGCGACCCCACCAUGUACCUGGCUCUGCGGAACCUUAUCCUGGCCUUGUGGCACAAGAACUGUAAGGAGGUGCUGACUCAACAGAAAUGUGCUCAGCACAUUAUUGUUCGAGGGCUGGUGCGCGUGCGCUGCGUGCAGGAGUUGGACCGGGUCCUCCAGUUCGUGACCAGGAAGGGCCUCAUCAACACCGGGGUCCUGACAGUGAAACGGCCCCUGCUCCCUGAAAGAUACCGCUUGAAGAACGUCAUCGUCAUCGGUGCCGGGGCCGCCGGACUGGCUGCUGCACGGCAGCUGCAAAACUUUGGCUCUUCAGUGGUGGUGCUUGAGGCGAGGGCGAGGAUCGGCGGUCGGGUGUGGGACGAUGCAUCUCUGGGCGUCAUUGUGGGUCACGGUGCUCAGAUUGUCAACGGCUGCGUAAACAACCCUAUCGCCCUGAUGUGUGAACAGAUGGGCAUCAAGAUGCACAAGCUGGGAGAGCGCUGCGACCUGUUUCAGGAGGGCGGGCAGGUCACUGACCCGGCCAUCGACAAGCGCAUGGACUUCCACUUCAAUGCCAUCCUGGAUGUGGUGUCGGACUGGAGGAAGGACAAGUCCCAGAACCAGGAUACGCCGCUGGGAGAAAAGGUCCAGGAAGUAAAGAAGAAUUUCCUCCAGGAGUCCGGGAUACAGUUCACUGAUCUGGAAGAGAAAGUGCUGCAGUUUCAUCUCAGUAAUCUGGAGUACGCCUGCGGGAGCACGUUGGAUGAGGUAUCGGCACGAUCGUGGGACCACAACGAGUUUUUCGCUCAGUUCUCAGGGGAUCAUACUCUGCUCACGACGGGCUACUCCGUUUUACUCCACAAGCUGGCCGAGGGCCUCGACAUCCGCACCAACUGUCCGGUGCAAGCCAUUGACUACUCAGGUGACAUUGUAAAGGUUAAGUCCUCUAAUGGGUCCCAUUGGACAGCCCAGAAGGUCCUAGUUACGGUCCCGUUGUCGUUGCUUCAGAAGAACAUCAUUAAUUUCAACCCUCCAUUACCUGAGAGGAAACUCAAAGCGAUCCACAGUUUGGGAACCGGCAUCAUAGAAAAGAUUGCCCUUCGAUUCCCGUACCGGUUCUGGGACAAAAAGAUCCAAAGUGCUGACUACUUUGGUCACAUCCCUCCGGCUCCUGACAAGAGAGGCAUGUUCAGUGUCUUCUAUGACUUGGAUCCAAAGGGGAAACAGUCCGUCCUGAUGUCUGUUAUUUCUGGCGAUGCUGUUCCUGCUGUCAGGGACAUGGAAGAUAAGGACGUGGUGGAAGAGUGCGUGAAGGUUCUGCGGGAACUUUUCAAAGAGCAGGACAUCCCUGAUCCGACUAAUUACUUCAUCACACAUUGGAGCGAAGACUCAUGGUCCCAGAUGUCCUACAGCUUCGUGAAGACGGGAGGCAGCGGAGAGGCCUACGACAUCUUGGCUGAAGACUUGCAGGGAAAAGUGUUUUUCGCUGGCGAGGCCACCAACCGACACUUCCCUCAGACGGUAACGGGAGCCUACCUCAGCGGGGUCAGAGAGGCCAGCAAGAUGACUGCUGUUUAAUGUGGCCGUUUCGCAGUCGAGGAAAACACCAGCACAGACUCACGGGUCGCGCAGAGCAACACGCCGCCGAUAAACUGUGAUGCCUAAAUCACUCUGGGAGAAGUUAUUGCUGUGGGUGAUCAGCCAAACAUCACUGGGUGCUUUCCAGCUGCAGGGUUGAGUCGGGCUCUCCCGGACCUGCUUUUAUACACCUAUCAGCAGAAGAGUUCAUUGUAUAGUUCAUUAUAUUUAUAAAUAUCUUUGAGGGUUAUGUACCAAAGUUUGUAGAACUGUAAUCAUUUUCAGUUGUACUUUUUGUUGUAGACGUGUUGCUACACAACAUCGAGUGAAUAAUCGGUUAGAUUUUUAAUUAGAGUACUUCUUCAAUAGUACUUUUGAUUUAAAAUAGUAAGAAAGUAAACAGGUAAACACCACCCGGCAGGGAAAUAAUAGAAGAAAACGAGAUUGGACGAUUUUGAUCAUGGUUGGGGAAGAAAGACAAAACACCAGCUAACUUUGGGAGAAAUGCUACUUUUCACUCCUAAAAAUGGGCAUUGCUGAUUCCUGGACUUUACAACAUCCUCUUUUUCUGAUAUAAGUGUUGGUUAACAAGACUGUCAGUUUCAUCUUUGUCGGCAUCUGUGCAUCUAUAUGACCAGGUCUUGUUUCUUGUCUGGCAUCACAGCGAUUGAGUAUUUAUAUUGUAUGUGUGAAAUAAACUUUGUCACCUGCCAUCAUGAUUAAUUUUACUUGUGGUUUAAAUCGUUGCUCCUUUCCGU